AUGUUGGAAUUAGUUUCUCUUAAUAGCGUUUGUUAUGUGCCCCUUCUUCUAAAGAAACUAAGAGAAACUUCUGUGAACCGUUACAGGUAUACGGGAAGAUUCAUGAAUGUUCAUUUAUCAAAAAAGUCAUUGGGAGAUAACAAGCCAUCUGACAAGUAUCCUGAGGCUUUCAGAGAAGCUGUCCGUAGCACAUCAAUCCAGCAGUUCCCAACUGAAGGCGGUCAGCAGCUUUUAGAUCAUUAUGCGGCUCACGCUGGAUGUGGCCUAUCAAAACUCCACCCAGCCGUAGCGUUGAAUUCUCUUCGUGCAGACUCCGAGUUCAACAUCAGCCUCCCCGCUGCCGGUGAAACGAGAUUAAAAGCGCUGCGAAAGGCGGAGUCGAAACGACAGCAAGAUAAAUGUAUGGAUGAACUGAAAACUGUUCUGGAAAGAGUGCGACUAGCUAUGGACGAGUUUAACACAGCGCAGGCCGAGUUAGAAGUUCCGGAAAGCCCUGAUCUGGAAUACGAAGCAGAAGAAGAAGAGAAAAGGCAGCGAAAGAAGAAACGAAAGAGAAAAAGGAGGAGAGAGCAGAGAAAAAUCAGACAUAAAAAAGCUAGUUCAAAAGAAACCCUUAAAGGGCGGGAGAAAAAUGCUGAAGAGAAGUCGGCCAAAUCAGAAAAAGAAUCAGGGAGCUCUAGUGACGAGGGAGAUGAAGACAGCGGUGAAGAGCAGGAGAAAAAUGCUGAAGAGAAUUCGGCCGAAUCAGACGAAGAAUCAGGAAGCUCGAGUGACGUGGGAGACGAAGACAGCGGUGAAGAUGAAGACAACGAUGAAGACCAAGGUGCCGAGGAGGAAGAUAGACAGGGGGAGAACUGGACCAUGACGGGACAGAUCAAGCGUAAAGUAUCUCAAAGGAUGUUAGUAAAGGUGGGCAUUGUUAUUCGUUAUUAUAGCAAUCAGUCAGUUAAAAUACAUUCUAAGGAAGACUCGUCUCUUCACGGUCUAAUUUGUGGACCAGGCUCAACACAGGGACCCAAACAAUCAAAGCGCCGCCGAGUUCAAAAGCUUAUUACGUCUUAUAUGGACCUUUGUAUCGAAAGAGAAGAUAUUAUACGGCAAAUGCAGUCGUGGAUCGAAUCAACAGUUGACGAGGAGCUUCUCAAACCAGCUCGGAUCUUCUUGUUCAGCCCUGAUCUUCUAUUGGAUGAUCUGCCUCUUGGUCUUACUUCAGAUAUGCAAGCACACGGUAACACGUUAGUGCGACUGAAGGGUAUAGCUGACUCAUUGGGGAUUGGGACGGGUUCGAUUGAAGACGAAUCGGACGAAAGCACACCACAGGUCAAAGGUCAAAAAGGGCUUCGCAUCGUGAAACGAUUUUCUAAUGUGGACGAACUCGACAUUGGAGAUAACUGGAUCCAGGUCCAAGGGGAUGUAGAUAAGAUUCUUGAGCACGCAAUAAAAACUGUUCCUGUGCGAACGGUUCGCCUGAAUUUAGAAGUCGCCAGAAAGUACUUUUCAUUGAUGACAAAAUUGAUGACUAAGAGAAAUGAAACCAUUCGUCAGUUGGACGAGAAAAUUGUCGAUCUUGAGUGCAAUGUAGUAAAAUCCAAGAAACAAAAUGAAGAAUUAAGGAAGAACAAUAAAAAAGCCAAAGUGAAAGCUGAAAAACUUCAAUACCAGAAUCAAGACCUGCAAAACAACGUGAAAGAACUGCAAAACAUGAUCAAUAACCUCAACGAAAAGUUGGAUGCCUACAAGAAAAAAGAGUCACACGGUUUAUUUAAAAGCAGCAGUGAGUCCAUGGCAAGUUCGAAGGAAAGCAUAGAGAGGGUUUCGGUCGUCAGUCUUGUGGAUGAACCAUCACAGCAGCUCGCUCCAACAGGAGAAAAAGUUUCCAUACAGACCCCUAAACCAUCUAAAUCGAAAGUUGUUAUUGAGAGCGAUUCCAGAGCUCCAGUUGCUGCGCCAACCAGCGAAGAAAGUAAGAAAGAAAUAUCUCAGCUGAGAGAGAGAUUGGAAAGAAUACAGGACGAGUUAAAAGUCGAAAAAGAAAAAUCUACAGCUUUCGAAAACGAAUUCGUAACACUACAAUCAGAAAAAGUGAAAGUCGAGCAAGAACGAAGUGAACUGGAGAUAAAGCUGGAAAACAUUCAACGGGAACAUGAACGGGCAGUGGAAGAGUCGGUUGAAAAAUUGGAAGACUUGGAAAGGGAGAACAAAAGGAUGACUGGCGAGAUAGAAUGCAACGAAGAGAUGAUCAAAUAUCAGGAGGAAAGACUCGGUCAGUUUAUGGAAGAAAUCCAAAGCCUUGAGGAACGAAUGAUGUCCUUUCCCCCCACUCCUGCGACAAUGAGUGUCGCGAGCAUGGCGGGGACAACGCGGCGUGAACGCAGGAAAACCUCAUUGCAACUGGGUCUAGAGCCACAGACAGCACGGCAAAUGGUUGCUAAAGUAAAACAACAGUAUGAGGCUGAACUACAGAGUCUAAAAGAUCACCAGGCUAAAGAAAAUCAACGACAUCAAGCUGAAUUACGACGUUUGGAGCAAGAACACAAGAAAGACCUGCAAAAUAUCCACAAGGAAUCCUUGCAGUUACUACGGGCUCUCAACAGAUUUAAAGACGGUGUCGCAUCGCUACUGGAUAGGGAGAAUAUGGGUGAAGAGGCGCAUAAUAUUCGUGGUCAUGCGCCACUUCCGCUGGACGAGAAUUUUGGGGACACACGACAGAUGUUAGCGCGCAUGGCUAUCUUGGCCAAUGAGAUGCUGAUUUCAGUGGAAUUACAAAUUUCCAGGGGACUCAUGAGCAAGCGAUUGGAAUCAAAGGAUCCACAUAUGGGUCGAAUGGAUCAGUCAACUGAGAGGAAAAUGCCGAGGGAUCAUGGCUCGAUUGCGCGAAGAGGAACACUAGGACAGCUACGUAUUGAUGGAAAACAACUAGAACUUCAUGUGUGGAAACUCUUAGAGGAGGGGAACCGACAAGAAGUUAUGGAAGUCGUCAAAGAAUUACAAACCAAGGUUUCAGAGGUAGAGCAAACAGUUGAAAAAGUUAAAAAAGUGGACGAGGAGAAGAUACAGAAGAAAGAAUCACAGCUGCAGAGAGUUUUGAGAAGGGAAUCAGAAACAAGAAAAAGCGUAGACGAACAAAAGAGUAUUAUAAAGAACUUAGCUGCCAUUUGGAAAAGCCGCAGAAUAGGACAGAAGUAUAUUCGCCGUGAGGAUCAGCAAAGAAACCUGGAACUGCUUCAGCAAGCGAUGAAAGAAGAUCAACUUUCAAAAGAGUUAUACGAGUCUACAACAAAACUGAUCAAGCAAGCUAUGGAUUAUCCUCGCAAACGCUUCAUUGAACUUGUUGAGAGGUACGUGUAUCACCGACGCGUCAAAGAAAUACAAGAAAACGUGCAAAAAAUGAGGGAGGAAUCCAACAUCGAUGAAAGAGUACUAUUGGCUAUGAAGGAUGCGGAAGAGAGAAUGAUCAGACAAAAGGAAACAUGGCGGAAGAAAAAGGAAGAGUUCAUCAAAGCUCGCGCAGACGUUUUAGAAAAGCUGCAUAAAGUUCUUACUCAAGUUCAUGAGGAAACUGGAAUACUUCUUAUUAAGCCGAAGGACUUGAUUCCACGGCUGGAAGAUAUUAGAGAGGACGUGAAAGAAAUCAAGGAAGACGACAUUUCGGCUGCUGCAAACAUUCCUAAGCUGCGCGCAAAACUUCGUAAAGCAGAGCUACAAGCUCAAGUGGCAGCAGAGAAGGAACCACCCCUGUCUGAUGUGGAGGGUACGUGUGCAACGCGUGAGAGGGGCCAGGAAGCUUCAUGGAAGGUCAUGUCAUCGCUUGCUCCUGUUAUGGUCACUACACCAAGAAUAUUGGACAUGGAUAUCAAUCGCAGUCGUGAUGUAGCUAAGGAAAUUUUGACCAAUGUAAGUGAAGCUUCAACGACGUCCAAAUCCGUCAGCAUUCCUCCAAUGAGGUUUUUCCCUAUGCUUUAUGGUUACUACAAACAGCCUCACACCGGAAUCCGUAGAACGAAAAGCGAACCUGCUCAAUCGCGAAAAAAAUCUGUAAAGAGCUUCCGAUCCAGAGAAACAUUUCUUCCUCCGAUAGCUACACUUUAUCCUGAGAACGACCAGACACAGGAUUCUUAA